AUGCCCAACACCAGCAACAAGAAAGAAUCUGCUCAAUUGGUCCACGAAAAGUCGUUUCUGUCUCGCGAGAAAGCCGACCACUACUACGCUCGAUUGGAAUCGGAAUUGCCGUGGGGUCCCUUCUCGUGGGUCCCUGGUACCAAACCUCUAAAGCAACUCGUCUACUUUUACGACGUUCAAGAACAGCAUGUCCGUCCCAACGCUUGUCUGGACGAACUCAUCCAAUUGGUGGAAACCACGUACCAUACCAAAUCCAUCGUGACUUGGUGCAACCUCUUUCGCGAUUCCAACGAUCUCAUUGAUUGGCAUCAAGAUCAAUACGGCAUGUCCCUCUAUAUCUCUAUCAUUGGAACCUUGUCGUUGGCACAUGGAGAUCUCUAUCAUUGGAACAAACAAUUCGAUGCCAACCACCAACAUCGUGUGCCUGCCGGUGAAGAAGGCAAGCGCAUCUCCAUUCUCGUCUUGGGACAUCCCAUUGGCUCCCAUGCCAAUCCCGACAAACUGCAAACCGAUACCAUGAGUCCAGUCUACACCGGUCAAUGCAAUAAAAACAAUUGUCAAGGAUUCUUGGGACCCGCCAAGGCCACCAUGACCAAUGCCGAACGCAAAUGUCAAACAUGUGGAAACAAGUAUCGAUAUGAUUCCUGGUAA